ACGACACAUCUUCAGCAGCUGCAAAAGACGUCAAGCCUCCUCCACUCACUCCUCCUGCUUCAUCCGGAGGUGCUGUGGCAACAUCUUCUCAAGUCCGAAGUGUUGCUCCUCCAAAGAAGCCUACUGCUCGCCGAAAACAGGUGCAUCACCUUCCUCCCGUGGGAAUUCUACCAUGGGAAAACUUGCCUACCGGCUACGAUUACGAUGGACAGACCGAUGUUGGCCAUUUGCGUGAAAGUGAGAGGUUUGAAUCGACAGAGAAGUACAUGUCAAAAUCGGUGCUGAAAAAGAAAUUUACAACAAGCGAGGAUGCGGAUCAACAAGAGGAUACUAGAGGACCUUCAUCAUCAUCUACAAAAAAUACAACCAGUCGGCAGACGUUAGAAGGUCGAAAGACAAGCAGUAAGGCAAUGAGUUUCGCCCCUCCGAUCUACGGUCAAUGGCAACAGGCUCUUUCACGUGCCGAGACGUCGUAUUUGCGCAACGUAUUAAAAGACGCCAAUCGUUGGGUGGCUCCAAAUAGCUACGACGUGUUCCGCGGUGAUCGAUUUCGUCUGUCUACACGGUUCUCUCAUGGUUGGACCUUCAGACGCGGAGCUGACAAACGAACUGGACAAAAUCAAAAGAAACGACGUGCUUAUCGGAUGGACCAUCUUGUCGCAGAAUUUUUAGAUUUCGACGAACGACCAAGACGUGCUCUUUCUGCAGAUGGGAAUGGGCCCUUAGACGGUAGAGACAUAGGUGGUGCUUCUGCGGACAUGCUGACGAGGACGAGAGUGCGGACUGGAGGUCUAAGCUUCAACACCAGUGGAGGUGAUCAUGCAGAAGCUCCUAGUGUGCGUCGUCGACGCCAGAAGAUACUAGGAAGAGGCCGUGAUUUGUACAGCGAGCGGUUGUUUUCGAACGACGAAUUGUUGAGAAUGGAGAAACGCGACAAGCUGAGGAUGGGGGCUAGUUUUGUUAUGUCAUGAUGCAGACACAACUGACACAGAUGUGUAGUAACUGCUUCAAUUCUACAACUGAGUUACUUAGCCAAUGUUAAACAUCAUAUCACCUACCUACCUAGAAGAUGAAGUUGAAGAUUUAAAUUUCUUUUUUUUCAGCCUAUCCUUCCAUCUCUAAUCCGCCAAGAAACCUGUCUGCUAUUUCUCUUUUUUUCCCCCUAUCCUCUCUCUAAUCCCCCAAGAAACCUAUCUGCGGAGCGCUUCCUCGAGGCUGAAAAACGACAAGAAAAACUACAGCGAAAGCUCCGAAUCCGUCAUAAUCCUGGAGUUUUCGGCUACUUCCAAUUCGAACGUCCCGAUCACUAUGAGAAAUACCUCCAAACGAUCCAGCAGAAGAGGCACAUGAAAACGGAACGAGAAAAAUGGCUAGCUGAGGACAUCAGGGAGAUGUUUGGAGGAGGAGAUCGGACGAGCAGUGCACCACCUUGUAGCACAACUACUACAACAAGGAACAACAAAACCUCUACUCCACGAGAAGAAGCAGGUUUGAAGACCACUACAAUGAACACCAGUAGUUCAUCAUCUUCAUCAGCAGCACAACAACACGGAAGAUCAGUGCGAUCAACGUCGUUCGCACGCGGCGCCCCUCGUCAUGACUGGCGCAUCUUUCCGCGACAGAAGAAUUACCAUGAGGAUGAAGACGGGGACUAUUUAAUCUUG